AUGGCUUCCGACUCCGACGGACUCACUGUCGGGCCCACUGCUGCCAUGGGUCUCGGCCACGCUCCUCGGGCCAGCUUGAUGGGUAUGCCGACCGAACUGCUUCUCCAAAUCGCAGAGGCGGUCACCGACAAGAAAGGCAUCAUGAGCCUCUGCCGCACCUCUCGCCGCCUCUCCAGUGCCGCCCAGCCGGAGCUGUUCAAGCGUUUUCCUAUCCACAUCCAGCGUCAGGCCUACUACACCUCUUUCCUCAAGACCAUCACCAUGCGGCCCUCCCUCGGUGCCCAUGUCAAGGAGCUCCACUUCUGGCUGUUCAAGAGACAAGACCCGAAUCCCGGCUGCUUUGACUGCGAUGAAGGGGACAUCAUCUGCGGCAUGACCUAUUGGUACCACCCUUCGCCGCCGCGUGUGGACAUUGCGCGUGCGACGGCCCUUGCGGCUGAAGUGGGAGACAUCGAGAGCGAGCUGCACGCCGGCCUCGAGGACAACGACGGCGAGGCCAUCUUGAUCAGCCUCCUGAGGCACUUGCCCAAGCUCCAAGUUCUGAGUGUCUGGUUGGACGGCUUCAACCCGGGCUCCGCGCCCGAGCCGCGUCUCCUGGCCAACUUCUUCCUCUCGCUUGCUGCUGCCAACCAGGACCCGUCAAAGCCUUUGGUGAACUUGAAAAGGGUGACCUUUGCCACCCCGGACUACUACAAACCGACCUGGGAUCAUCUCUGGAAUGCUCUGGCCCGUUUGCGCAUGAGUAAUCUGCUUUGGAAGGCUCAAAAGAGGCUCAGGGUUAUGGCCUUCGUCAGUAUUAGCGACCCUAAGGAGAGAGCCCGGAUGUACAAGUACGGAAGAUAUUCGCAGCAGGCAACGAGGAUGUCAUAUGCCUAUCUUUUGGACUACGCACGGAGGUGCUAG